UCUUUCGCAAUGCUUCCUUGUGUUGAAACGCGCUUCAUUUUAUCGAAGUUGUUUUGUUCUGGAAGCUUCAAAAGUUUCAAGUGUAUAAAUACUCCAAUAAUUUUUUCUUUUUCUUUAACCUUUUAAAUCUCUAUGCCCUUAGAAACUAUGAGAACUUUAUUUUAAUAUGUGGUGCAUGUAGCUGUUGAGUUACUAUAUUCGGGACAUUUAAGUGACGUCAGCUUGGAAGCUUUCGUAAUAUUAAUGUUGAUAUUUGGUAGAGGAGCGGAAUUACACGUGCCUCGGAGAUAUAUUUUUUGAUAUUUUGGCUGGGUUGAAUUUCUCAGUAUCAAGAUGAAUGAACUCUAUCUGUGUGAAAUGGACUGGUUUCCAAAGCCCUUGAAAGUGUUCAAAAAAAGUUUCUGAUAGCUGGUUUUUUUACUUUUUAAAGAAAAAAAGUUAUACAAUUAUGGAACCCCCUGGUGGGGGUCUGUGGACCAUGGAGGACCUGGACCUCUUAGCUUCAGACUUGGACUCCAGCCUUUCAGGAUUAGGUGGAGCUGGCACUACCACUUUCGACAUGAGUGACACAUUGUCUGCUAUUCAGGUGAUCAAAAUGAACAAAGAAGAUGAUGUCCUCAUUAGAGAGCAAUGGCUCCGCCACCUAUCUUUCCCAGAUAAGGGCUUGGAUAAAGUGAAGGCUCGAUCUGCCCAGAAUUUGAGCACUUGGAAUUUUUCAAAAUCAAGUGACCGCCCAAACUCUAAGAAACCUUGUCGAGCACACCAAGAAGAUUCUUUAGAAAAUGAGGAAAAAAUUAGAGAGAGCAAUGGAAAGGCCAGCAUUCUGCAUGCCCCUACUUUAUGCAAUUCUUUAUCUCAAUAUAGUCUUCAACCUGGAUUUAUUUCUAAAGCUAAGACAGACUUCCAAUAUGUCUUGGCAGCAGCUACCUCUCUGGGAACAAAAAUUGGAGCAGAAACAUUAACUUACCUCAAUCAAGGGCAGCCAUAUGAAAUUCGUCUAAUGAAAAUGCAUGGUAUUUCUGAAAUGAAAGGUAAACUUUUAAAAAGCAUUUUGCGUGUAAGUUUUCAAGAACGCAGACUUCAAUUUCGGGAAAAGAUGGAGUUGAUGGCUUGGCAAAGUCAAAGGCCUUCAGAGAGAAUUUUAGAUAUAGAUGUAUCUCUUUCCUACGGAAUAUUCGACGUGAUUCCUGAUCCAGAAAAUAUCAAUUCAUGCGAAUUUAUGUGGGAUCCUACUAGAGAAGCAUCUGUCUUUAUAAAAGUUAACUGCAUCAGUACAGAGUUCACUAGCAAGAGACGAGGUGGUGAAAAGGGAGUUCCUUUUCGUGUGGUUAUUGAAACUUACAGCCACUGGGAGAGUCCUGCUAGGAAGCUGGAUGCUGCUUCUUGUCUUAUUAAAGUUUUCAAGUCUAAAGGAGCUGACAGAAAACACAAAACAGAUAAAGAAAAAUUAGAGAAGUUACCUCAAGAGGAACAGACUGAACUCCAACCUUCAUAUCAAUAUACAAUUUUCACUCCUUGUUCAGUCACCGUCGAAAGUAUCCCAUUUCAGGAUUUUUCUGAGAAUGCAUCCUUUCCUGCCUAUGGAAGCAGCAUAGAUUCAAAACCAGAUUCGCCAAAUGUUUCUACUGGUGAAGUGACUACUUCAACACCUUCCUUGACGUCUAGUCCUCAGCAUUUUCCAGACAUCAAGGACACUUUAGAAGGUAUGUUUUCUCCAGAAUCAGAUGAUAGUGGAAUUUUGACUCCUAAUACUGGUGUGGAAAAUAUCACUGCAAAUCUAAGUACAACUGAUGUUCAUUCUUGGUUAUCCAGGAAAAAGUUUUCAAAGUAUCUUCCUUGUUUUGAACUGUAUUCAGCCAAAGACUUGUUAAGUUUGAGCCGUGAAGAUAUAAUUGAAAUAUGUGGUCCUUCCGAUGGAAUACGUCUGUAUAAUAGCCUCCAUCGAAGGGAACCACCACCUGUCAGAAGACUCUACAUUUCAAGAGAUAAUAUGACGUUCCAUGCUUUGUAUUUGCAUUCUGUGACCUGUUAUGAAUUGCAAACAGAGCUUUGUAGGAUUUAUCACUUUCCUGAUGGGGCAAUUGCAGAAAUGUAUAUCACUGGACCAAACGGAAUUCUAUUGGUACUUACUGACAGAGUUCUACAGAAUCUAAAGGAUGAAUCUACAUUUACUUGUGAAAUAUUAAAAGCUGAAGAAAAUGGGAAGAAUACAGUCAUAUUGAGAGCUUACAUUCCAAAUCAAGAAACAUGAAAAAUAUUUUGCAUUCUAUUUUUAUAAUCAUAUGUAGAAGUGCCAACUUUAUUUCAUUGUUGAAAAGAUAUGUAGAUUCGAUAUUAAAUGUAAUAAAUUGUUAUGAGAACAAAA